CACCACCCUCCUCCUCCCCUGCCCGAUCCUUGAUCCCUAAUCAAGCUGCUCCUCUCUCAAAGCCCAAACUCUCAACCUUUUUAGUAUUUCCUAACUUCUUCUUCUUCUUCUCUCUCCCCUCCCCCCUUCUUCUUCUUCUUCUUCUUUUUCUUCUUUGUUGUUGUUGUUGUUGUUAGGGAAGCUAGAGCCGAGGGGCUCGUUCGGAGCUGGCUAACCAAGACGAGAUAGAAGCUGUGGAGACACAGGAAGAGAGGCACAAGUGGGUGGUGCGAGCGCUGUAUGAGGCGUUAAACGCGCGGGACGUGGAGAAGGUGCACGAGCUGCUGGCCCCGGACAUCGAGUGGUGGUUCCAUGGCCCCCCUUCCCACCAGCACAUGAUGCGCCUGCUCACCGGCGCCUCUCCAGAGGAGUCCUUCGAGUUCGCCCCCCUCUCCAUCGAGGCAUUCGGCUCCACCGUGCUCGUCGAGGGCACCGACCGCCCCCGCUCCGUCUACUGGGUCCACGCCUGGACCGUCACCCCGGAUGGGAUAAUCACCCAGGUCAGGGAGUACUUCAACACCUCCCUCACCGUCACCCGCGUCGGCGCCCGCGACUCCUCGUCUUCCAACGUGCCCAUGCCUCACUGCCUGCCCGUCUGGCAGAGCAAGCUCCCCGACCGGGACCGGAAGUCCCUCCCCGGCCUCGUCCUCGCCAUCUAAUUAUUAUCUCCAAAUACAAUAGUAUUAUUAGUAAGUAAAUAAGAUCUGGCUGAAGCCUUCAUCCGGCGGUCGCUGGAUGGGCUGAAGCCUUGGUGGCCCCCACUGUGUGGCUCUGGAUCAGGGGUUAGCCCCCACUGGGUGUGCUUGGGAGAUAAAAGUACUGGGACCGAGUGUUUCGUGUGUGUGGUCGGUUAAUUUGUCUGUGUGUGUCUAGAGAUGAGGAAGAGAGGUUGUUUCUUUUCUUCUUCUUCUUCUGAUGUCACUUGUUUUGAUUUACUCUUCAAUAAAAGAUGCCUGUGUCGUCAUUUCAAUAAACGAACUAAAGUUGGCUUUGUAUCA